AAAGCCAAUAAUAUUUUCCUGAAACGGAGUGGAGGGAAGCCUUAUAUAAAGCACGUUGUCACUUGUUGAUAGCAUUUGGCUUCAGUAUAUUUACAGUGUGAGUUUAGUCAGUGAACUUAGGCUUCUAAACUUCCGAGGAGCUAAUCCGAAACCAUACUACUGUCUCUCGCCAACUUUCACGCACCCAGAUGGACGCCACUGAAUACCGAAUCCGGGGCAAAGAACUCGUCGACUACAUUGCGGAUUAUCUGGAAGACAUCCGAGAGCGCAGAGUGUUCCCGGAUAAGAAACCAGGAUUUCUCCGAGAUUUGAUACCCGACAGCGCACCCGUAGAGGGCGAAACUUGGCCCCGGAUUUUCGCGGACAUAGAAAAUGUUAUCAUGCCAGGGGUCACCCACUGGCAGAGUCCCCACAUGCAUGCGUAUUUUCCGGCUUUGACGAGCUACCCUUCCAUGCUGGGAGAGAUGCUCUCCAAUGCUAUCAACUGUGUGGGAUUCACUUGGGCAUCCAGUCCGGCUGCUACGGAGCUAGAGAUGAUUGUGAUGAACUGGUUAGGAAAAAUGAUUGGUCUUCCCGAGGAUUUUUUGCACCGGAAAAAUGGAAGUGGAGGAGGGGUUAUACAGACCACUGCCAGCGAGGCCACCUUAAUCAGCCUGUUGGCGGGUCGCUGGCAAGCUAUUAAAAAAUACAAGGAGCUUUACCCGGAUGCCGAAAAUGGCGAAAUUAACAGUAAAUUAGUUGCUUAUUGUUCAGACCAAGCUCAUUCCAGCGUAGAAAAAGCAGCCUUAAUCGGUUUAGUCCACAUCCGGUAUAUCGAAUGCGACGAGAACUUAUCGAUGCGUGGACCCGAACUGUUGCAGACUAUCAAGAAAGAUCGCGAAUUGGGGUUCAUACCAUUCUGGGUUUGUGCUACUUUAGGCACGACAGGUGCUUGCUCUUUUGAUAAUUUGAACGAAAUUGGAGACGUUUGUGUGGAGGAGUUUUUGUGGUUGCAUGUGGAUGCUGCUUAUGCUGGAAGCGCUUUUAUAUGUCCGGAGUAUAGGGUCUGGCUAAAAGGAGUCGAAAAAGUUGACUCAAUUUCUUUUAAUCCAUCAAAAUGGUUGAUGGUGCAUUUUGACUGUACAGCAAUGUGGGUUAAAAAUAGUUUAGCACUACACGAAGCUUUCAAUGUAGACCCGGUAUAUCUUCAACACGAAUAUUCCGGUCUAGCAAUUGACUAUAUGCAUUGGCAGAUACCUUUAAGCAAAAGAUUCAGGGCUCUUAAAUUAUGGUUCGUGAUUCGCAAUUAUGGUAUUACUGGACUUCAGAAACAUAUCCGAGAGGGCGUGCGUCUUGCCCAAAAAUUUGAGGCUCUACUCCAAUCAGACUCUCGUUUUGAGAUCCCAGCCAAGCGACAUUUAGGUCUUGUUGUUUUUCGUUUAGUGGGUGACAACAUUAUCACUGAAACACUUUGGAAGAGGAUCAAUUCUCGCGGGAACAUCCAUUGCGUUCCGGCUAUAAUCAAAGGCAAAUACAUAAUCAGGUUUACAGUAACGUCUCAGCGAACCACAAAUGAGGACAUUGUUAAAGACUGGGAAGAAAUUAGAACUGUUGCAACUGAAGUUCUGAACGAGUGGACUCUUGGUGCUCGCCCAAGAGUUCCCCUUGCAGACACUAAGAACAGGAAUGAGAAUUUUGGCACGAGUCUCCUACUUUCCAAUUCACCAAUGUCUCCCAAAAUUGUCAAUGGAAGUUUUGCAGCAAUUUACGACCGCGAUGACGUGAUUGCUGAAUUCUCCAAAACGAUUAAAUUAAGACAAGAUGCACAGAAUAGUCCUGCAAUGAGAAGACGAAUCAAGGGGAUUUUAAUGUCGGGCAAACAGUUUUCUUUGGAUUCGAGACUGGACUUGUUCCAUGGCAUCGAAGCUGGGACUCCUAGUUCCAGUGAAGGCUUGCCACCUUUAGAAGACUAUAAUGAAAGUGAAGACAACGGCAGCACUUUUUCUGGCGAAUUCGAUCCGAAUGAACCCAGUGAUGAUUUUCUCCAAGUGCCAAAUAUACCUAAACAAAAGAGGUCCAAAUCGGUAGAUCAUCAAGUUCCCAUUUCAAUGCAAAGUGAUGGUUAUACAACUUGUAAAAAAUGCGGGCAUCAAAUAAUUCCAAUCCAAAAAUAAAUUUAAUCUUUCAUAAAUGUUGUAACAUCGAAACGUUUUUUCCCCUUAUGUUGUAACUUGUAACUUUUAAAUUGAAGGUAGACUUACUGCUGUGCCAUGCAAUAAUUCUCCUUAAUGCAACAUAGCUGUUUUAGACCUAAGAC